AUGCCUUCUGACUACUGCCGCAACAUGGACGCCUUUGAACGUUCGAUGAUCGACGACAAUGAUAGCGAUGCUAGCAGCGUGACGAUUGAUAACGAUCCAGACCGCUUGUACUUCUUGCGCGAAGCCGAUGGCACCACAACCCGAGAGUUCAUCGAUCUCACCGUUGGCGAGACUAUCCACGACGGCGAAUAUGUCACAGACGAGUGCUUUGAGAUUCUGCGCGAUGACUGGCUCACCUCAGCGCGUAAAGCCAGGUCUCCCUCGCCAGAGCUUCCAGAAAGGGAGGCAUUGGAAUAUGUCUGUUGUGAUGCUGGAAUUGUGUAUAAAUUGGGACAUUCUGUUGAGCUUUAUGACGAAACCUAUCUUCGUAUUUGCUCCAUCCGGCGAGACACGGACGGCGAGAUAUUAUUUGGAGGCCGUCGGCUGCUCAAGGCCAAGAAUCACGCAGGCACUUACAUCCCAAGAUGGUGCAAUGAGUUGGUCUGGAUCGCGAACGAGACCGCAGAGAUCCCUUUUUCACACGUUCGACGCUUUGUUACGAUCCACUUCACCAACAAUUGCCAUAUCGACGAAGACGAUAUAAAAGUCAUUUAUCCCAAUUGUUUGUUUUGCCGCCUGAAAGAGGUCCUCCAAGAAGACACAACUUCGGUAGAGUACUUGGCUUUCGAGGAGGCUGAUGAUGGAUUCCGCACAAAGCCUACAUCUUUGCGUCGCCGCUGGCGAGGAGAGACUACCCUAUUUGGCAGCGAAAAUGUACCUGAACCUCGCGUGCCGGUUGUUGUGUUAGAUGAUAGUGACGACGAUGAUCAAGGUCUGAUACUGAAGCAGAGGAAAGAGCGGAAGUAUACUUUCGGUGACGGAUUCUGCGGCGCCGGGGGUGUUUCAUGCGGCGCUGAUGCCGCCGGGUUGCACAUCAAGUGGUCCUUCGAUCUCUCGCAGCCCGCCACUGCCACCUACAUGCUUAACUUCCCAAUGGUGGUGUGCGAACAGAGCGAAGUAUUUGACUUCUUGACUAAUGAUGAGGAAUUCCUGAGGGUGGACAUCACUCACGGAUCUCCGCCGUGCCAGACAUUCUCGCCAGCCCAUACUAUUCCAGGGCCAAAUGAUGAACCCAAUUCAGCAUGCUUAUUCUCAUGCGGAAACCUCAUCCGUCGGGCAAAGCCAAGAGUUCAUACAAUGGAGGAAACGAGUGGUCUGUUCGACAGGCACCAAGAAUGGUUUUUUGGUGUAAUCCGUGACUUUAUAGAGACGGGGUACUCUGUUCGAUGGGCGCUUCUGAACUGCAUGAAGUAUGGAGUGCCUCAGUCUCGGAAAAGACUGAUUAUCAUCGCGUCAGGACCGGGCGAAACCCUUCCACAGCUGCCUAGGCCUACCCAUGGCUUGCCAGGCUCGGGCUUGCAUAAUCUUACAACAAUCAGUCAAAUGAUUCGGAAUAUACCCCGGGGAGCUCCUGAUCAUGAUGUAGCGAGUGCGCAAAGUCGGGGGUCUCGAAAUCGGAGAGCCCCAUUCGACGCCAACCAGCAAGCUCGCACCAUAACGUGCGGUGGUGGGGAGAAUAACUACCAUCCAUCUGGGCUCCGUGGCUUUACGAACAGGGAGUUCGCCUGCUUGCAGACGUUUCCUUUGGAGUUUCAAUUCGGACGCAGAGAAGUUCGCAAGCAGAUUGGCAACGCAGUUCCUCCUUUGUUCGCCAAGGCCAUCUAUAAGGAGAUCAUAAGAUCAUUGCAGGAAACAGACGAGCGUGAGCUUGGCGAGAAUCGGUGA